AUGUAAUUUACUAUUUGAUACUUUUUAUAAUGAUAAAUUCACUUUUUGAGUGAUACAUUUACAUAAUAGUUUCAAGAUGAUAUAAUCACUUUUGUAAUAAUAUAAUCACAUUUCGUAUGAUAUAAUCACAUUCGUAUGAUAUACUAGAAGGUUGGGUCUACAAUAAGUUAUUGUAAAACGGGUCUAUUCUAGUCUUAAUAUAUAAGUAUAACAACGAAAAAAAAAAAAACUCAGUUUGAAUAAAUAAAAGCGUAGAAAAAAAAAAGUAUAGUACAAAAUAAGUAAAGAGACAAAAGAACAAAUAAAAACAAGGGGCUCAUGAACAACAUUACAUUACUCCAUAACCUUACCCCUUCUACCAUCACCAGCAUCUAUUAUUAUUAUUAUUUCUUAUUUUAUUUUCCCCCAUUUUUAUUUAUUUAUUUAUUUAUAUUUUUAUUAAUAAUUUUCCCUUUUUUUCAAUCAGUGAAUGAAUCACUACAAUACUAGUUCGUUCUUCUUCUAAUCACCAGAAUUCACACUUCCCAACAUCACAAAUCACAAUCUCUCCUUUUGCCACUUCAAUUUCAUCUUAAGCACUUUCUCUCUCCUCCCCAAACCAAAUAACCUAACUUCCAUUUUCUCUCUCCUACUCUCUUACAUAAUCCCCUUAUUUUUCAGGUUGAUGUUUUUUCCAUUUAUGUUCUUAUGAUGGACGAGAUUUACGGCCUUCAUCCGACGGCUGCUGAUUAUUCUGAUAAAGCCUUGAUGUCGCCGGAAAAUCUUAUCCUGCCGUCGGAUUACCAUUCCUUCGUUAUGAAUUCCGGCAGCGCCGCCGCUGUCCGAUUCGGCUCCGAUGAGCUGAUCUCGGCUACUUGUAUUUCCGAGUCGGCUUCUGAGAUGCAUCAACGAGGUGAUGACACGUCUUCCUCUAUUAAGGCUAAGAUCGCCUCUCAUCCUCACUAUCCUCGCCUUCUUCUGUCCUAUAUUGACUGCCAUAAGGUGGGAGCGCCGCCGGAAGUAGCGAGCAUACUGGAGGAACUCAAGCAAGAAAACGACAUUUAUAGAAGAGAAGUUGUAGGAGUAGGAGGAGGAGGGAGAAGUACUACGUGCAUAGGAAUGGAUCCUGAGCUUGAUGAAUUCAUGGAGACUUACUGUGAGAUAUUGGACAAGUAUAAGUCAGAUCUUUCAAGACCCUUCGACGAAGCCACAAACUUCUUAAACAAAAUUGAGACUCAGCUCCGGAAUCUCUGCAAGGGAGCCUUUGUUAAGACCGCCUCUGCUGGUGAUUCGGAGACAAUAAGGGAGUCCUCUCAAGAACAAGGCUCACUUGAAGAGGAAGGUCCUGUGUCAUCAGAUGAGGAUUAUAGUGCAGGAGAGGUAGAUGUACAGGAUCUGCAGCCAAAGGAUGAAGAGCGGGAUCUCAAGGAUCAGCUUCUACGUAAAUUUGGGAGUCAUAUAAGCAGUCUCAAACUUGAAUUUUCCAAGAAAAAGAAGAAAGGGAAGCUACCAAGGGAAGCAAGGCAGAUGCUUUUUGAGUGGUGGAAUGCUCACUAUAAAUGGCCAUAUCCUACUGAAGCUGAUAAAAUUGCACUAGCUGAAAUGACCGGUCUUGAUCAAAGGCAAAUCAACAAUUGGUUCAUAAACCAACGAAAGCGUCAUUGGAAACCAUCUGAGAACAUGCAAUACGCGCUCAUGGAAAAUUACUCCGGACAAUACUUCACAGAUGACUAAGGAUGUAUGAUGGCAACAAACAAGUCCAUCUACAGACCAAACACUUCACACGAAAAUCAUAAUUAUUCUGGCUGCUUAUGUAUAUGUGAUUAUGUGCUAAUGGCAAUUUACCGAUAUGAGAAACACGCUUUAGGUUCAUUUUGGACGAUGGAGGAAGCAUAUACACCCCCUCCGCCAUUUGCAUUCUCAUUGCAAUGUAAACCAAACGAUGUACUACUAAUGUAUCCUCAUAAAAUGAAAUGGCUAAUUUCAUUAGAAUCCUUAUUCAUGGUCA